CCUUUUGGCCACAGCUGCCUUUUACUCUUCCAAACCCGAAGAUGUUGCUUCAUUUGCCCCUGAGCCGUGAGUGAAAACACUCUGCAGCACCCAGCCAGAAAACAAGCGCUGACACGUGAGGGAAGAACAGAUCCGCUCGUCCUCGUGGACUCAGGAGGAACGAAGACGAACAGAACAGCUGAACUGAGGGCACCUGGACUGGUCGGUGGAUGAAAUCAGGACAAAUAUUUCAGGAUAAACAGCAGCUGGGCUUUGUUGACAACAUCUCUGUUGCUGUUACUUCUGUUUCCAUUCACAAACUCCUGAUUUGGCGAAAGCUCCUGCGGCAGCGUUCAGGAUGCGCCUGAAACCCCUUUUCGUCUUGGCCUCUUUGCUCUUCCUUCUGCUCCCAUCCGUGGAGAUGAAAAGAGCAGGAAAGGGCAGAGGUCUCAAAAGAGCGCGACACAAGAUCACGCAAGAUAGAGUCAGGGUUCGAGGUGUACGGCGCCACAGCAGAUCGGGCCCUUCUGGGCUCGUGUCGCCCAGCUGCUCAGAACUGAAAGAAUCCGGAAAGAUUUUCAUGGAUUGCCAAGACCGACAGCUCACCUUCAUCCCACCUGCAAACUCCUGGUCCAGGAAGCCCAGGCAUCUCCUCCUAGCUCGGAAUCGGAUCAAAAUCCUCCACGAUGGAGCUUUCCUGGGAUACGACAGUUUAACCAGUCUGGACCUUCAGCAGAACCAAAUCCUCCAAGUGGAGGAAGGGGCUUUCCAGGGCUUGACACGACUUAAAACCCUUCUGUUGCAGCACAACCGUCUGACGACCCUCAGCGACGAGGCUCUAAUCCCCAUGCCAAAUCUUCGAGAUCUCCGUUUAUACGAUAAUCCCUGGAAAUGUCUCUGCCAGUUGGAAAGUCUCAUCCGUACUCUUCAAGUCCCAAGUAACCGUAAUCUAGGAGGCAAUGCCAGGUGUGCAGAACCCCUCUGGCUAAAAAAACGAAAACUGAAGACAAUUGAUCCUGAGCUGCUUUGUGCAGAGGGGAUCAUUCUCCAAACGGGCAACAACACAAAUGCUUUAGAGCCCAUUCCUUUACGGGGCAAAGCAGACUCGGCCUCCCUUUGCCACACUUACCUUUUCCCCCACAUGAGGAUGGACUGCAGCAAAAGAGGUCUGACAGAGGUACCCUCGGGUAUUCCUGAUGAUGUCGUUGAGGUCGACUUAUCCCAUAAUUUGAUCCGUCGACUCCGGCUGAAAGACUUCCUGGGUGCAAGCGGCCUCAGGAUCCUGAACCUCAGCAGUAACAGCAUGGAGCACAUUGACCACGGUUCCCUCUUUGGGCUCUUGCACCUUCAGGAACUUGAUUUGUCCGACAACGAUUUGCAUUUCGUUCAGUACGGGGUCCUUGAAGACCUCUACUUCCUGUCCCGGCUUAAACUGGGAGGAAACCCCUGGGUGUGCAACUACAGCAUCCACUACAUGGUAUACUGGCUGCGUCUGCACCCAGCAGUGAAGCACUCGGGCCUGUGGUGUCACUCCCCGUCUGAGUUUGCCAGAGAGAGAGUGGAGGACUAUGUGCAGUCCUACAACAGAGAGUGCCCAAAGGACAAGCAGUCCAGCAGAACAGAGCCGGACACGCUGGACCCUGUGAACUGGGGCACGGCGAUGGAGCUGCAGGGGGAGGUGGAGGAGGACCUGGAGCCCAGCCACUUGAGAGCGCCAAAGAAAUAUGAAGUUUACAGACUGAGCUGAUUCAACAAAUGCACAGACCUAAUUACUUUAAAAACAAAAAAAAAAUUGACCAAAAAAUAAAAAAACCCGCAGAUAAACUUGUGAUUGAUGGGUUUAAGUGUUCUGCUGUAAUGCAGAUGAAAUUUUGUGUAAUUUACUGCACAGUUUGUCGCUUUUCUUUGCAGAAGAAGUUAUAGACUACUCACUGUUGUGUGAAACAGUCUGAAAAAACACACAUUUCCCCCCAAAAACUGCAAAAAUUUCCCAUAAGAAGCCGCUCCACGGUCAUGCUCAACUCUGCUUUGUCCUCAGAGAGAACAAGCAGCAUCUCUCUGAGGCUAAACAGGACGAUUUGCAGAGACAGUAUCCAGAUGUGGAUGAACUCUUUAAACGUUUCCACUUGCGGUCUUAUACAAGAGCGCCAACACUAACUCUUUGGAGUUUGAAAAAUCAUGAACUUAGCCACAUUAUUGUAAAUCAACCAGGUUUGGAAGUAUGGAAAAACUGAAAUCAUGUUUGAAAACAUGAGCAGUCUCUGUCAGAUUCAGCUAAACAAAAGACAAACAAAAGACAAACAAUUGUUGCAUGCUCCCAUAAGUCUUUUCAUACUCUUCUGUUUAAAUGCCUCCCAUCUAUAAUGUGCAUUUUGCAAUCGGUGUUUGUUGGUUUCUCGUUAAAGAUAAUUAAAUAAACUACCAGGAAAAGGGAAUUGUCA